AUGUGUGCGUGCUGUUCUAUUUCUGGCGAUGCGCGUGGUCGCGUGGAUAGAAGUAGGAACACGAACACUACAUUGGCGCUGCUGAGGCAUUACGCGACUGUCCCAGGCGAAGAUCGCGUUUUUCUCGCUUUCCUCCCGUUGCAUGCAGAGCCCUACACGCCCCUCGUGGUCAUCUUAGCCCUUCCGUCGACAGAUCCCCAGACGGUCGUUGCCGCCGCAGACCUCUUCGCUUCCUUUUCCCCCCUCCCUGCCUCUGUGAUUCAAACCGCCAUGGCGCCCUACUUGCGGCAGGCGGCGGCCCAAGCAGGGACCGCUGCCGGCGGCGUGACGGAGACAAGGGAAGCGGCCGGAGGGCCUUCGCCGCCUCCCGUCUCCGCUGUGGGACUCGAGAGAGCUGGAGGGGCGUUUUCCGCUCACACAGUCCCCGCCGUUGUCCACGUGGGGCCGGAGACCGGUGUCUCGUCGAGCCCCGUGGGGGGUGCAGGGACGGUGGGGGCGAGUGUCUCCAGUGUCUCCUCGCCUGACGCCGAUUCGGCGCCCGAGGGCCUCCAGGCUCGCGAGGGCGGGGUAGUGCCUCGCGCUUCCGGCCCAGAUGUGGAUCGGGCGGGUUUGGCGUCUCCCUGGCGCGGGGGAGACACCAGUGGAGCACGGACACAGGCGGAAGAAGGCCGAGAGACGACUCUCCCUGCCCCGCCUCGAACCGACGAUGAAGCUGCGGCGGCGGUGGCUGUCGAAAUGCUUGCUGAAGAAUCCGCGGCCCUCGCCUCGGAGCCGUCCAUCGCGGCUGCGACUCUCUGGGGCAUGACGCAAGCUGCCGCCCUCAACCUCUCGCCUGUCGCUGCCUUCCACGUCGAAGUUCCAGAUUUCUUCCUCACCGUCGCGGGGUAUCAAGUCCCCGGCUUCAUUGGCCGACUGGUCGAUCGCGGUCUCCGCUAUGUAAUCGACAUGAUGGGCAUUCGCGCAAUUCCUUUGCCUCCGAUUCCUCGCAUUGCUGCGGUACCCAUCCUCGCCGCUCAGCUGCCGGAGGCUGCCUCCUCAGUCCGGCCGUCUGCCUCUGAAGAGGACUCAGUCUCUAGUGCGUCUUCGCCUCCUUCCGUCGCCCCCGCCACUUCGUCCGCUUCUCCUGUCUCGUCCCCUCUUUCUUCUUCUUCCUCUGGACUUUCCGGUUCGUCUCCGUCGGGCUCUUCCUCCCCUGUCUCUUCUCAAGUCCACCCCGACGCGGCGGAGUCGAAACCGGACGAAGAAGGAUGUCCCGGUCGUCGGUUUCCAAUAGCCAGUGAAGAACCCGACGAUGGCGAAGAGGCAGAAAGCCGGGCGGAGGCGCACGGGACACCAGAAGACGCGUCGUCCCAGCAAAGGCUUUCCAGCGAAGGAAGGCGCGGCGACGACAGAGAAGACGAGAAUCGUAUUGAAGGCAGUGCAGCGUCGGAGGGCGGGUGA